UGUCUAAGUAUGAACUUCGUAUAUGAAUGGCUUUAUGAUGGAAUAAAUAGCGUACUUCACUUUUUGGGACUCUACCAGAAAAAUGCCAAAUUAGUGUUUCUUGGAUUGGAUAACGCGGGUAAAACAACACUACUGCAUAUGCUGAAAGAUGACAGAUUAGGACAACAUUUGCCAACAUUUCAUCCAACGUCCGAGGAGCUGAUGAUUGCUGGCGUGACAUUUACCACUUUUGAUCUGGGUGGUCAUGAACAAGCUCGUCGGGUAUGGAGAGACUAUCUUCCUGCUAUCAAUGGUAUUGUGUUUAUGGUAGACACUGCAGAUGUUUCAAGACUGGCUGAGUGUAAAACUGAACUUGAUGCACUAUUGACUGAUGAAGCUAUUGAAAAUAUACCAAUUCUGAUUCUGGGUAACAAAAUUGAUAGAUCAAAUGCCAUGAGUGAGGAGGGACUGAGAGAAUUUCUUGGAUUGUAUGGACUGACAACAGGGAAGGGAAAAAUUCCAUUAAAAGACUUAAUUUCAAGACCGCUUGAAGUCUUCAUGUGCAGUGUUCUAAGAAGACAGGGCUAUGGUGAAGGCUUCCGCUGGCUAGUUCAGUAUAUUGACUGAAGCUUGUAAUUCAGUUCACUAAAGUUGAUUUUGAGUCUGGAAGAUGAAAUUCCUUGCAUCAGACUUAAAAAUAUA